AUGUCGACUCGAUACCAGAAACUAUCUUCAACAGACCAAGAUAACCACCAUUACGACGCCUCGUCCUCUGCUACAAGUCAGCAACAGAAUGAUUUGCAAGAUUCGUUUGGGGAAUCUUUUGAUGACGAUGAGCAUACUGCUGCAACUGAUAGAUUAUUACAAUACCAUCAUAACGAGCAAAGCGACGGUGACGAUGAUGAUCAUGAUCAUAUCACCUUAGCUUCUCUUACAAAUUCUUCUCAGCCACAUACACAAUAUACACAACAACAACAAUCACAUCAGCCAACAAAUAACCAAAGAGGCACACCAGCCGUUUUGCCAGUGUCUACGGAUGGUGUCUUUGCAAACAUGUCAGCUAAACCAGAGACAGAGAGUAGUAAAUUGGAUGAAACUCCUCCUACAUAUGAAGAAGCUGCUGCUGAUGCGACACCACCUUAUUGGCAAACUACAAUCAUUGCACCAGCAGGUAUGGGCGACAUUGUUCUUGUCGAGGGUAUGCCUGUUGGAAGCAUAUUUGCUUUCUUUUGGAAUCUGUUAAUAUCUGCAAGUUUCCAAUUUGUCGGAUUCAUGUUGACUUACUUGUUACAUACAUCGCACGCAUCAAAGCAAGGAUCACGGGCAGGUCUUGGCAUAUCUCUGGUGCAAACUGGAUUUUAUAUUCGUAGUCGUGGUACAUUAGAAGACGACGAUUAUUAUUAUGGAGACCAGCAAGAUGGUACAACAAAAUCAGAUUCCUCAUCAUCGUCAAAAGAAGAUAGCGCAGAUGCUGAUAUCGUUGCUUAUUUUCUAAUGAUGGUUGGCUGGUUUAUUAUUAUUCGAUCUUUGGCUGAUUACUUUAGAGCAAAGCAAAUGGAGAAGAUUAUCUGUUCAGAGCCAACAACAGGAGAAACUAUGGUUUAA